AUGAUUCUUCCGGGUUAUCAGACCGCGGCGCGACUCGAUAAGGAAGAUCGAGCCACCACGAUGGACUCACCUGGGUCUCAGGGUGUCCCGCAAUUCUCCAGCUUCCAACCUCCCCCUACCGCUCCUCCGGCCCCCGCUACCGGCUCGGACCAUGAACGUCGCCGGCGUCGCUCGCGCCAUCGUCGUCGCGCAGACCGCAAAGAGUCUCCACGCUCACGUCGCCAUGAACCGCGUUCGGACGGUUACCGUCAACAGGCGACAGAUGAAAAAUUUGAGAAGCGCCUGAGUGGGGAAGGAAUUGCCGAUCUAAACGCUACAAAAGAUGAGCCGAACAAAGGAUUCGUCGUCGACAGCCGCGGCGAUCGCGACAAUACACGUUACGGCGUGGAUCGUUACGAGGUCCCUGCAUACCACCGCAAUGGCAAUGGUUUUGUACUUGGGCUCCCCGGCCAGCGCAUUGAUUACCAAACGCGAUAUGACCAAGGCCCUCUUCUCCUUCUUCGCCCCGACUCAGGCUCGUCAACCUCCGCAGUCAAGCCCCUCUCCGCCGAAACCCUGUCUGCUUUGUCCGCCAAUCUUCCCGUUCGCCUCCGGUCUGAUCUUAAUGCCAACCUUGCUGCCGAGAACUCACAUACACAAAAUUUCAUCUCAACAACAGUCCCAUCUCAAUCCGGCGUUGCGACAACUGCCAACCUAGAUGAUGAACCACCGUCUUAUCGCUCUAUCGAGAUCCCGGAUAAAUCCGAAGAACAAGCGACUGAGGAUGAUGCGAAGACCUUCAUUCGUCUUGCUGUCGAAGCUGAGAUUUUGAAUCGCAAUGCCAAGUUGAACAGCGCAGUGGCACAACAUCCUAAUGAUAUUCAGGCAUGGAUCCGUCUUGCUGAGCAUCAAGAACUUGCCGUCACCGGCGGGACAUCUGGCGAUCGGUCUUCCUAUCGCGAUCAUAUACAACUUGUGGCAAGAGCCAAGCUUUAUGUGUAUGAAAGAGCGAUCAAGGCCAACGCACAAAAUCCAGAACGCGAUCAUCUUGUGCUGGGCCGUAUGGAAGAAGGCGCGAAAGUCUGGGACUCCACAAAACUUUCAUUGGAAUGGGACGGAGUCCUCCGCCGUCACUCUGAGUUCAUCAAUAUAUGGAUUGAGUAUCUUGACUACUGUCAGACUGACAGUCAGGAUUUUAACUUUGAUACUUGCUUUAAGACUUAUGCCUACUGUUUGAAGCUACAUUCACGUGUCGGCUUCGGGCCGCGGAAAACUCUUAUCAGGUCAUACUUGCUGCUCCGUUUGACCCUGUUUCUUCGAGAAUCGGGCCACGUAGAGCUAGCUGUCGGUAUAUGGCAAGCGGUGCUCGAAUUCACAUGCUUCCGGUCAGCACAUCUAAAGGGAAAGAGAGAAGAGGCCCUAGUUGAGUUUGAAAAGCUCUGGAAACCUGGGCACAUCCGGAUUGGGGAGCCUCAUUGGCAACCCUGGAACAGUGGACAAACCUCCCGUCCCUCUAUCAACGAGCAUGUUUACACUUCUGAGGCGAAUACCACAGAGUUGUUCCCAUCCUGGGUACGUGCAGAGAGAGAGCGGAUGUUCAAAAAUCGCAUGCCGUCACAUGCCUUUGGUGAAACUGGAGAGAAUGACGGUUUCCGAGUAGUCCUUCUUGAAGAUCUCACGCAGAUACUUCCUUAUUUCUUGGAUUUGGAAGAAAGCCUUGGUUCCCUAGUUGAUGGCUUCUUGUAUUUCUGCCAUUUGCCUCACUUGACAAUGCCUGCGAAUAUGCACACCAGCCGGCUGUGGACCGGUGACAAUUUCGUGCGAAACGAAUAUAUGGAUGAUCCUCGAAACACAAUCGCGGACUGGAUCACUUUUGAGAAGUUUGCCUCAACCACAAGCCUUGCGCCUUUCGCAUUCCCUCAUCAGACCUUCGUUCACACCACCGAUACUCUUUUCGCCGAUCCAAAGCUGUGGUUCUCUGCUUUAACGAAGUGGGCUGCAACCACCUCUCAUUCUUCCUGUGUCAUCGAUCCCGACUUUGUAAUCUUGACUCUCCAUGCCCUUGUCGAUAUCUUCAAAGAUAGCCAAUUGGCUGAAUACGCUAUUGCAGUCACUUUCGCGUGUGACAACGCUCUAGGCAAGAAAUACGGAAAGAGACUCUUGAAGGAGCGAUCAUCAAAUCUGAGACUUUAUAAUGCCGUUGCGCUCAUGUAUUGGCGGACUGGCGAUCUUGAUGUUGCUCACAAUGUGUGGUCCACCGCUUUGUCUAUGAGCCAGAAUUUUGACGCCCGCGAGCUCACUGACUCUGCACUUCUGUGGAACUCUUGGAUAUGGGAAAUGCUUCACGCUGGGAACAAGAAUCGUGCUUCAUACCUGUUGCAGGCCAUGCCUUAUAAUCGAGUCCACUUGCUAUCAUACGACACAGCUGAUGAACUUGAAAUCAAUGAAACCACUUUUCUUAGGGUCAAGAAGUGCUUGUUUGCCGCUCAGAGGAAUGCCUUGAAGUUCAAGAAAAUGCAAGCAUAUGUAGCUUACGUCGACUGCUAUGCCAUCGCCCUCUAUCUCAUGGGCGAGCAGCUUGAAGAAGUUCUUGAUGUCUACAAUGACGCCGCCACUUCUCUUAGAGUCUUACCCAGGACUGAUGAUGAUUCCAGGGUGUUUGGCGGAGAAUUGCUACACCAAGCACGAGCACGGAUCAUUUACCACUAUGUGGAGAAGCAGAGUGGUCAAUUCAGACCCGCUGACAUUCGUGCGCAGCUCCUGGAUAGCCUGGAAUGGUGGCCUCACAACACCAUGUUCUUGUCGCUGUUCAAAUGGAACGACGCUCGUUUGAAUCUGAGCGAUCGAACCCGCGAUAUCUUCGACGUCACUAUCGGGGCGAAGGCCAGGGCCGCCCGACAUCUGCAAGGGCCUGCCCCAAUCUACCGUGUACCCGUCACAACUCACAUUUUUAGCAUCUAUGCUGAGAUGGGUCGCCCUCUCCUACUCGGUUCGACCGCGCACUCCAUUCGGGCAGCCUUCGAGCGGGCGAUUGGUGAUCAUGGCAUACUCCCGAUCGGGCGGACCCCAACUCGAAAGAGUCCUUUUGAGCUGGCGAGCUCAACCUCCGCGCGGACCAGCCUCACCAUCUGGAGGCUGUACAUUCUCUACGAGCUGUACGCGGAGUACAACGUCGGCCGCGCCCGCGAGAUCUUCUUCCGGGCCCUGCGCUCUUGCCCCUGGUCGAAGGAGCUGUACCUACUCGCCUUCGAGCACUUGCGGGCGGAUUUGACCGACCGCCUGCCCCCCCUCAGUCUCAACCGGCAGGGAGAGGCCAGCUCGUCGGGGUUCAACGCUGCAGAGCUUCGGGCUUUGUACUUGGAGAUGCUGCGUCGUGGACUCCGUAUUCACUACUACUUGGAGGACCCUAUGGGCCGAGUAGGCCCAGAGGGGGUCUGA